AUGGCACUCGCCGCAGGUCAUAUGGUUGCAACCACCGUUUUUUUCAAUUGGAGACGAGCAUUUGGGACAGUCUUUGGUGUUUGCGGUGAUCCAAUGGGAUGUUUCAGUUUCGUCUGCGCAGGUUUUGAUCCAGGUCUGCACCACGGUACACGUUGCCGGAGCGUGGUCUUCGCUGAGACACGCGUAGCAGAACCGAUGGCCGUUCGAGCAUUGCACGAUCGGAAUGUACUUGUGAGCCACAUACUCUUCCACAGACGUGAUGACGUCCGAGUCAAAGCCCAGGUACUCAAUGAAGCACUCGCAGUCGAUGGCGGGACAGUUCUUGAACGUUUUGAAAUGUUUCUUGGUGUACUGCACCACGACCGUGUACCAGUACCGCCUGAGCAGGAUUUUGUUGCGCUGAUUCUGUUUUUCCAGGCGUUGCUGCUUGAUGUGUCGUUCGUGGAAGUUGAACAGAGCGUCUUCGGCACUCUCGUCCGAUUCCUGGUCCUCGUCGAGCUCCUCGUCCGAGCUAUCGACAAGCGGUUUCUGCCGUACUUGAGCAACAACACCGUGCAGUCGUCUGCACCGAGCUGCAGGAUCGUGUCGACGUUGGCAACACGCGCCUUGAGCUGCGCUUCGAUCUCGUCCGCCUCCACCGGCUUCGGGCUAGAGCGUGACCCGUCGGUGUACCGUUCAGAAACAAACAGCAGGUUUGAGUUGAUCUGCGUAGCCACAAACGACGCUGUCUUGCUACCAACCACGCGCGAGCGCUCUGGGUCGGCCAGGUCCCAAACAACCAGUUUCCCGGACGCAGAGGCGCUGACCGCCAGCGUCCCCACCGCCCGCAGCGCGCUGCAGCUGCCGUCGGCCACUAUGACGUCCUCAGAAAGCUCCAGCUGCAUCAGCUCGUCGUUGAUCGCGUCGGACUCGUUGCUCAGCUCGGUCACCACGUACGUCUCCAGCGUGCUCGUUGCGCUCGAGCAGCACAGCACCUGCCGCGGUUGCAGUCGUGCCACGUCCCAGAUGGUGACGUCCUCGUCGCCGGAGCCACCAACCACGGCAAUGUACCGCGACUUCUUGCCGUUGUGCACAAACUCGUCCGGCAGUACCUGCACGCGGUUGAUCGGGAAACUGGACCCGCGGAACUUUGUGCUCUUGAGCGAAAUCCCGAACCCAAGGUCCCACAGGUCGAGAAUGCCCUUGGACGUGCCGACCACGGCCCAGCCCUGGGUCUCGUCCACAGCCAGACUCGUGGGGAUCCCGUGCGAGAGGUUGUUUUGCAGCGAAAAGACCACUGUCAUUGUGCGCACGUCCAGACCAAUGAUCUUGGCCGUCGGAGUCUUCCUGUCCUUCAUGAAAGCAGUGCACACGAUCGAUGACUCGAGGUUCAAAGAAAGACUCGACGAGCCUGUCACGUUGGUUUCCAAUCUGGCAGAGUCCCAGAGUUUCAGCUCGCCUGACCGGUCCGCCGUGACGAAAAACCGCUGGUCAGAGCUCACCUCCAGCCCAGAAAUGGCAGCCUUGUGCUCCACGAGACGAGAAAUCAGCACCCCGUUCGGCUCCAUUUCUGAAGUUUCCGACACCUCGUACACGUCGGUCUUGCUUCCAAACUCAAUAUAG